ACAUCCCAAAGCAGCGCCCUGCAGGACAAGACACAGCUGCUCAGCGGAGCAGCAACGGCGGCGCUGUGGGUCUCAGGAACCAACGCGCAUCAGCGGGACCUCGAGAGAGUUGGUGAUGGCGUGCAGGGCCAAUACGUCAAGCGUCGAUCGGUCGGAGGUUUUGGGCGGUAAACACCGACAGAAUUUCUGACAAUGGAAAGCGCGAUUGGCCAUCGUCGACGCGUUCAACCAUCACGCUCGUUCAACCCCGGUUACUUUUUUCGAUGCUCAGGAGUAGUAGGACCAUCGCCCAGGCUGCGCCAUGGCGUAACACCUCAGUAUGUUGGUUCUGCGCCACCCGCAGCCAGCUCACAACCCAUCAACGGCGGUCCUUCAGCGCCACCGAGACCCUGUCCAAGAGAUCGAAAGGCGCCAGGAAGAGUCAGACGCUCAAGAACCUCAAGCAUGAUCCGGCCAUCACGAACAAGUUCUUGGGAGCAGAAGAGGCUGUGGACGAUGCGCACGCAAAGGACGGGUCCAGCGACGACAACGGCCGUAUACGAAAGAUCCCUACUGAGGAAAAGAAGAAGGAUGAGGCUAAAGGAGAAAAGCUCAUGUCCCUCAAGGAGGCUCUCAUGGGAUCGUCCAUGAAGGAACUGACUGGCCAGAAGGGCAAAAAGAGGAAGAAAGCGCUGGAUAUCAAGAUAGAAGAGGUGGCCCCAGAAGACUUCACUUUCGAGCCUGUCGAGGUCGACAUGCCGCCCGUACCGAUGCUCGCCUACGGCCUCGACCGUGUCCUGUUCAAUCCUGGCGUCUACCGUCUGCAGGACCCCCGAACAGGCGUCUACAACUUCGAUCCCUACCUGGAGAAGAUCAUGCCCGUCGAUGAGUUCGACUUCGAUGCGUUGAGCGAAUACAAGACAUCGUCAAAGGAUGAGGAUCUGCUCGCCGUCACCAGGAGAUUGGGUGUCAAGUACACAGGAUCGACAUCCAGCAUGUCAAGCGUGCUUCAGCACUUCCACUUCCUACUGUCCGCUCAUCGAAGGCUCGAUCACAGCAUGCUUUCGAAGAACUUCCCAGAUCCCACCGACAAGUUCUCGAAGAUCACACAAGGACCAGACGCCAUCUUCUUGCGAUACAAGAAAGGCGUGUAUGCGAUCGACGCCGACAAAACCUAUGAUACCCCCAACGUCAUGAGCUGGCUCGGCCAUUCUCUCGAAAAACUCCUCACGACAGAGCGCGCCGAGUUCGAGCGCUACCGCAGAUCAAAUCCGGAGCAGACGCCGGCGGAAGGCGAUUCGGCGAGAUGCUUCCACUACUCGAAGCAGGGAAGCAUUUUGAUGCGCUCUCAACUCGACGCCCAAGACCCUCGCCUGCCCGGCGCUGGCAUCUUCGACUUGAAGACACGGGCCGUAGUAUCUAUCCGCAUGAACCACAAGGAGUACCAGGAAGGGCUUGGAUAUCAGUUGCGUUAUGCACAGGGUGAGUGGGAGUCGUUCGAACGAGAGUUCUACGACAUGACUCGUGCCACCAUGUUGAAGUAUUCGCUUCAAGUGCGCAUGGGCAGAAUGGACGGCAUCUUCUUGGCUUACCACAACAUUGAGCGCAUUUUUGGCUUUCAGUACCUCAGCCUUGCGGAGAUGGAUCAGGUUCUUCACGGACAAACCGACACAUGCUUGGGUGACCGGGAGUUCAAGCUGUCCAUUGGCCUGAUGGAAGAGCUCCUGAACAGAGCCACGGAGAAGUUCCCCGAGACAUCGAUCCGCCUCCACUUUGAAACCCGCGACACAAAGUCACCGUUCAUGUAUGUCUUUGCCGAGCCCGUCACAGAAGAGUGCGCAGACGAGAUCCAGAACACUGGAACACAAUACGCAAAGGAGUGGGCGCGCCGCGUCGUAGGCGUCGGGAAGAACGACCCCGAGGCACAAGAAGCAUGGCAAGACUUACAGGAAGAAGUCGACGAGCAGGUCAGCGAGGACGGCAUAGCAAACAAGGACGUCGAAACAGCAGCGGCGAGCCAGGAAACGAAGACUUCCGCUGAGAGCGAGGCUGCAACUGAGGGCGAAACCACCAUCGAGAAUGCCGAGCCCACCGCCAACGAAACCGAGAACGACGAAUCGGUCAUCGCGCCACCCAAGUUCGAAAAAGACACAACCAGCUCCGGGCCUCUGAUGGGCUGGACGCUCACCGUCCGCAACAAAGUAAACGGGCACUACCUCAAGCGGCCCGAGAAGCUCGAGCCAGAGGACAACUGGCAGAUUGAAUACCAUGUCAACGAGAUCGAUCAAAAUUCUGUUUGGCAGCUCUACAACGCGACUAAAGAACGCAGGCGUCAACUCAUCGGCCAGAACGACGAUGAGGAGAACAAGGGCUUGGCGAAUUACAGGAAGAUUAUUCAGAGGUAUGCGAGCAGGGGGAGGACGUGGAGGACGAGGCAGGAUCAGAUCGAUGAGGAGCGCGGCGUACAGCUGUAUAAGCCUCUCGGUCCCGGGACUCCCGAGUAUGCGGCGAGGUCGAAUGAUGAGGCUGCGUCUGAGCCUGUACCUGAGGCGGCUACAGAGAGCAGGGAGUAAUGUUAGAUAGAUCUCGUGAGGUACGAGAUAUGUUGUAACAUAUGUUGUAUAUUGCAUUGUAGACACGAUAGACCACGAUUUGUACAAAAGCGAGAUUGGGGAGCUUAGAGAUAUCAUAGCAUCAACGGCGUUUUUCUUCUGUAGAAUUGCGCUAUGCCUUGAACGUAG